CGAGCGGUGACGGCCGUACAGCGCCAUGAGGCUGUGGGCGGUGGUGAUGGUGGUGGCUGUGGUGGAGGUAGCGGUGACCGUGGGCGCGGUGUCCAGGCGACGCUCCGCUCUGCCAUCCAUCUCCGAUAAGGCCUUCAUCAGGGACUGCGUGCGCUCACACAAUGUAUUCCGCAGGAACGUCAAUCCCCCCGCCAGCAACAUGAGGUUCAUGACUUGGGAUGCAGCUUUGGCAAGGACUGCCAGGGCAUGGGCAAAUAAAUGCAUUUUUGAUCAUAACGUGUAUUUAAGCGUGAAAUAUUAUGGCCAUCCUUAUUUUACGAGUAUUGGAGAGAAUUUAUGGAUUGGAAGUCAUCAAAUCUUUAAUGCUAAAGAUGCCAUUAAAGCGUGGCAUGAUGAAGUCAGAUCCUACAAUUACUCAUUGGAGACAUGUAGUAAAGCUUGCGGUCAUUACACUCAGGUUGUUUGGGAUGAUUCAUAUAAACUGGGCUGUGCUGUUGUUUUCUGUAAAGAAGUUGGAGGAAUAAAAAACGCGGCAAAUUUUGUUUGCAACUAUGCACCAAGUGGUAAUUUUAAAAGAAGACCCUAUCAAGAAGGACCACCAUGCAGUAAAUGUGCCAAGAGGGACUACUGUGAUAGGAAACUGUGUAGAAAGGCAGAACGUGAUAAAAUUGUCUAUUACUCAAGAUGGAAUCCACCUUGGGCCUUCAAAAUUGUAUGUGAUGAGGCGUGUAUUGCUAUUAUAGUUUUGAGAGUAUCGCUGAUAUUUCUUGGUUUUCUAGUUAUUUAUUUGUUUAGAAGACACUUUAGAAACUUGUUUAUGUCCACAUAACUGGAUUUGAAAUACACGCAACAUUCUGCACAUAAUCUCUAAUGAAUUAAGCAAAAAUCUGUAUUGAUAUGAUCUUAAGGUCAGCUUUCUUCCACAGUACUUUUGCUACUGUUUUGUGCUCCUUGCAGAAAACUUAACAAGCUAUAAGAAUUAAAAAAUUAUUUGUGGUUGGACUCACGUAGAGAAAUUAGUACACUAAGGAUGGCACCUGAUAACAUCAGAAGUGUUGUUUUUAACUGCCAAAUUUAUGUAUUUAAUUCUGUGUAGUUACCGAGUUUACAGACUGUAUUCUUGGAAUUCUAGGAGAAAAAUACCUAUCAGUUUAAAAAUGUGUUACAGUUCAUGCUAAGCCAAUAUUUGAUGCUUAAUUUUUGUGCCAAGAGGAAGCUAGCUUCAUAUUACAUACCAAGUCCUUUCUACUAGAGUGACAGAAUGUUCUGAGUAAAAUG